CAGGUUGGCGACGGCGACCGAGUUACGUUGUAUCUCAGUACGUUUGGUGCUGUCGCGGAGUGAGGUUAGGUGAUAUCGUGAUUUUAUGCAACUCGCGCUACCGAUAUGGUCGCCCUUCGCGAAGCGUCGUGCCGCGUCUCGUGUCGCGUCGGUUGCUUAGAUUUUGACGGCAUUCGAAUUUCAAUCGUAAAUUCUCGUAGAUUCACGGCGUGAAAUCGAUCGUGCGUCGUAGUGCGUCUUUGUCGUGUCUUUGAAAUUCGGGUACGUCGUGUUCACCGCUUCCUAGCGAGACGCUCAACCACGACGAUCGAUGCGUGCAUCUUCAUUUAAUCAAUCGCACAGUGCUUUUGAAAUAUUAAUCGCUUUUCAAAGGUUAUUCGCGACGUUUCUCGAAAAAUUGGUGAUUUAUUUUUCGGAGAAAUUAACUGUCGUUUUUUGAAAAAUUGCUCGUACCAAUUGUGCGUCGAAUUGAUGUAGAUUACGUUAUUGUAAGGAGCGAAGUGGAGUUUGUCAAACUGGAAAUUUCAGUCGAGCGUUUAAACUUCUGGUAUUAAAGAUUGCAAGUUUUAUUCAUACAUUAUUCAUGCAAGAUGUAAUUCAAGAACAAGUCGAUAUAUCAACGUGAAGAUUUACAUAUCUAAAGAUUUAACAAUUCAAGAGUUGAAAAAUAUCAAAAACUUACAAGUUAAAAGACAAAACUUACAAGUUUCAAAACUUGGACGUUGAAAUAAAUGAAAAUUCAAUAAGUCUAACCCGCGAGUUUAAAGGUGAAUAAAUUUAAAUUUAAUUUCCUACAAUCUCACACACAACUCUAAACACAUAUCAGGAUUUAAAGUUCAAAUCCAUCAAAGUUUAAUAUCCAUCAUUCGCCAAUCAGAGGGAAAGAGAAAGAAAGAGGCCUAAAAUUUUGAGCCAAAAACUCAACAAUGUCUAGUGAAAGACUUGACAUUGAGAACUUGAAAGUAACAGUUAUCUUCUCUAAUAAGAUUUAAACAAUUAACUAUCUGAUCAUCCGAAGAUUUGGAAUCUGAAGUGUUCCAAGAUUGCGAAACGAUAAUUAGCAAGUUACUCUAAAGAUACAGGAUCAAAAAUUCCGUGUAUGGAAAUUUUAAGGAUUAAAAAAAAGUUAGAUAUUUCAACAUCUUGAAUUUUAUCGAAUAAAUUUACACGAAAUUUACGAAAAAUCUGUGAGAACAUUUAAUCAAAAGUGGAACAUUUUGAUGAUUCAUCAUCAGUGCGUUCUCGUAGAAGGAACUCGCUGUUGGAAGCGAAAGUGAACGGAGAGGAGAGACUGCAGCACGAUCGAGAGUGAAACGUGUUUCUGCGAGAGAGUAGGUGUCCAUUUGUGGACAGGACAACAAAUCAAGUGGUCCAUAUUCAGUACUGAGAUACGGCUGCUUUUCCUCGCUGACAGUGGCGGACAGGUGGACACUCGCUUAUUUGAAUCUCCGAUGCGUAGAUCGAGCUGUUCGUAGAUCAAACGAUCACGUCGAUCUCUUUCUGAAAGACAGAUAGGGUGAUCAGGAUAGGACUGAUCGCCGAAGGAGCGAUAAAACAUGUCGGGGCUGCUGAAAGGAGAGCCGACGGGCGGUUGUGUGAUUGGCUCGUGCGCAGAUCGAAGAUCGUAUUAGCCCAACUGGCAGUGACGCAUGUCGUAAGCCACGUGAGAGCAACGGAGGAACGACACGCUGGACGUCACGCAGGAUCAGGAUUCGCAAAGAGAGAGUGAGAGUGAGAGUGAAGGAAAGAGAGAUAGAGAGAGAGAGAGAAAGAGAGAUAGAGAUAAAGAUAGUCGCGAUAGAGAGCUACUCCGAGAGAGAAAUAGGCCAAGCGACGAGCCUCUUAUUGCUUACCGGAAGUCAUAUGCCCAUACACGCGCGUAAAACGCGUACAGCUUGCGAAGAAAUCGAAAUGGUGGAGUUGUGUGGUAGCGGCCAAGCUUCCUCGGCCAUGGGAGUAAUGGGUAUCGGCUCGAUGGUGACCGCGGCGACAUCGUCAUCCUCUUCGUCGACUACCACGACUACAGGCGCUUCAUCUUCAGCGUCGGGACGUGCCGGGAUCCUCGAGACUCAAGUGCGCGGUCAGUGGUAUCGCAUAUUCGUCUCUCUGGAAGAUGAUUAUCUCAGCAUUUCGCUCGAUGAGAGUUGUGAGACCGGUAACAAUGCCCUAAACAACGGCAACAUCAACAACAACAAUGUGGAUAGUUUGAACGAUCCGGAUGUGCCCGAUUCGGUAGCCAAUCAGAAGCGCAUUGUCCGUGUAGUCAAAAGUGACAACAAUGGUUUAGGAAUUUCGAUUAAGGGUGGCAAGGAGAACAAAAUGCCGAUUCUCAUCUCGAAGAUUUUUAAGGGCAUGGCUGCGGACGCUACUGAGCAACUUUACGUUGGCGAUGCCAUUUUGGCGGUAAAUGGCGAAGACUUACGCGAAGCCACGCACGACGAGGCAGUGAAGGCGCUGAAGAGAGCCGGCAAGAUCGUCGAACUAGAAGUCAAGUAUCUGCGGGAAGUGACGCCGUACUUCAGGAAGGCUUCGAUCAUCCAGGAAGUGGGCUGGGAACUUCAGCGCGGUUUCCUGAGCGCGACGCCGCCGCCGCCAAAGUCACCACCGCGGGCGGAUACUCGUUAUCUGCCAUUACAACUCUGCAGACUCACCAGAGCGCAUACCUCUUCCGAUCCCGAAGGACGUAUCCUAGAACUACACUCGCCCGAUGGUGUUCACGAAUGUUGGUUGAGAGCCGCUGACAACACGGAGGCAAAUGUCUGGUUUAACGCUUUGCACUCGGCGUUGGCAGCCCUCACCUUGAAAGCAUUACGACUGGCCUCAGCACUUCCGGAUCCGCAGCAGCUUCAGCACAUAGGCUGGCUGGCGAGGAGGCACUGUCUUCAGAACGGACGAGCUAGUAGUGAAAGCAGCGAAGACGGAGCCGGAAGUAGUGCAAGCACUUCACGAGGAGCCGGGAGCGGAUUCGGUCUUGCUGCUGGAUGCACAGGGGGAUGGCGCAGUGUCUUUGGUGCUGUUUCAGGCCGGGAACUUAGAUUAUACGAGUGUGCACCUUGGAGUCCAGAAGCUUGGGCUUCGCCGAGCAUUACCUGUCCCCUUAUCGCAACACGAUUGGUUUCCUCUCCAACGCGACAGAAUGAAGCGGCCAGCAGCAGCAGUGGUUCGAUCCAACAUGGGGCGACGUUCGCGGUUCGGGUUGGUACGAUGGACGGAGUAGUUACGCAUCAUUUACGAGCUGAAACACGAAGAGAUUUGGCGGCCUGGGCACGAGCGAUCGUUCAGGGUUGUCACGCAGCUGCUCACUCCUUGCGGGAAUACGUUGUUCGUUGCACAUGGCAAGGUAAGGCCUGUCAAUUGGUUGUCAACCACGAAGAAGGUUUCGCGCUUUACUCCGCAGGAACGCGGGGCACUGCUGGGAACGGCGUAAGUCCUGGAUCACCACCCACGCCACUCUGGAGAAGAUCCUUCGACAAAUUGAAAAUGUCCGCGGACGACGGCGCCCGUCUUCUAUGGCUCGAUUUUGGAGGUGAAGAUGGCGAAAUUGAGCUUGAUUUGGAGAGCUGUCCGAAACCAAUCGUGUUCGUCCUGCACAAUUUUCUUUCGGCGAAGAUUCAUCGGCUCGGACUGAGUGCAUAGGGGCACGAGGGGGCCCUUACAGAGGCCCCCGAUUUGCCCCCUCACACGACCAGGUCUGUUACCAGCGUCUUUCUUCAUUGAGCUAGAAAGAAUCGUAGUGCGAAAGAGAAAAUUGACUUUCUCUCUUCGAGAAUUCGAAGUAACAAGUAACAGUAACGAGACUUGAUGAGCCAUGUAACAUCCUAAUGGAUAAGAAAUGUAAGGACUAUCUUUUUGUCAAAACGUUUCGCAUCACGUGCAGCAUCCUAUUCCUUCUUUUUAAAGCUGUGGAAUGUGCAGAAAGAUUCGAAGUGAAACAGAGUAGUAGUAUAACAAUUUAGGAAUGAGUGAGAGUAGGAUAAUGAAUUCGGAAAAGAUAACGACCGAGAAUUCUAUAAUUGAAAAGUUAUAAAUUUGAAAUCGACAAAGUUUCAAUUUUUUAAAUAUUUUAUAUUUUUCAGAAAUCUGAUAAUUUAUAAUUCUAAAUAUUGAAUACUUAAAAACAAAUUUUGGAUAUUUUAGAUUCACAUGUGCACAUCUGUAAUGUUAAAAUUUAAGAUUUUUGAAGAUAGUUUUAACAAUUUCACCAAUUAAAAUUUUAGAAUCUUUAAGAAUA